UUUGUUAGCAGUUGUAUGCCAUUCUUUUGCCGUUUGCUUAUCAAACAAUCUGUUGUACGAUAACCCAUUUGAUUAGAUUCCUUACCUUAGGCACGUCUUAAAACAGAACAACACGGGAGAGGGACGGUUGGAAGGGACGCGAAAGAUCGGAGGAUAACUUUCGACAGUCAUCACCCAGUAAGAUUAAAUUCAUUCACCGGGUGUUUCCUUUCUUUACAUAACCGAUAAUGGGCCGCGAUAAUUGCCCGAAUCCCCGGUUAACGGCUAACGGGCAACGCGAAUGCAAAUGAUGAUGGCCCACUCCCCGCACUCACCCAUAGUGUAGGCGGCUGGAGACACGAGACACGGCCGCAUUCUACGCAUCACAGUGCACUAUACCUUUCGCGAAAAUACUAGGCUUAUUGGGGGUGUCGCUAGUUGUAAAAGACACCUUCGCGAUACGACACGACGAAUCUCCGUUAUCUAGUGCCACACUGAUAGCGUGGCCCGGUGGUGACGUACGUGUGUGUGUCUCGGUUGGUGUUGUCGCGAAUGGCCCGCAAAAAUCACCCACUUUGACUAUUAUUGUUUUAUCUGAUCAGAGAUCAAGAGUGGUCGUCGGCGCGGCACAGCCCAGCCAGUAUAAAAACGAGUCUCCUGGAGAUGUGAAAUCUUCGACUUGCUAGCACCCGAGCGCACCUAGGACGGUCCAUAGACCUAAACGCAACGCAACGCAGCGGCAAAGAAAGAAAGUGAAGUGACCGUACCGUGUCGGGUAGCACCGAGAAGGUUGAAUUGCGCGUGAAAUAACUUUCCCUUUCGAGCGAAUAUUCUUGUGGCCUCGAUCGCCUUGUCGCGAUGGAUCUCUUUUUGCUGUGAUUGACUGCCGGCGUUCGUGUCAAUGUUUUCUAAACCUAACCACAAUCUCAUUUCUACGGAGUUGGUAGUGGUGCUGCGAAAGAGCCGGAAGAUACGAAGUGAAAGAAUCUGAAUCUGCAUAUUUCUGUUGAGAAAACCUUUUUUUUUGUAGCUCAUGGCUCAAGGAAACCACAAUCAAUUAGCGAGCUGCGUGAUGAUCGCACUUUUCGUGGCCGGAAAGGUGCAAAGCGUACCGACGGGACGUGACACAGUCCCGGCACGGGUCGACGGGACCCCGACCGAAUCUAAUCGAGACGACGUUGCAGCUACCAGCAUCGGGGACGAUCACUCUCUAGUAGAUUCAACAACCCAAAGCAUCAGCACGACGACACAUGAUCGCGUACUGUUUACCGACACACCUGUCAUGGACGCUAUUACCAUCGUAUGGUACCUGGCCACGUUCAUUGCCCUGAUAUCGUUCUUCCUCGUGAUGGCCUGUGCCGAUCGAAACCGAUGCGGAACGCGCAAACCCUCAGCAGAAGAGCUUCCGCCACCGCCAACGCCGGCCCCGUCCUACCGGCAGUUCGCACCGCCCAGCUACGAUUCGCUCGUGUUCGAGAAGGAUAACGACAGCAUUUUCAUUAUCCCGUACGAUGCUCGCAUCGAAAUGGACCAUCAACGGAAUGCCGAGGACAUGGCAACUAGCUUGGGGCACAUCAUCGAACCAACGGAACGGCGGCGACCGUCCAGUCAUUCCGUACGAAUCAGUGAUAUUAGCGACGAAGGUGAUGAUGUUCCAGCAGUUAUUGCGGUGACGAACAUUCCGGUUCGAAGUAGUUACGCCAUCGAGCGCGACGUCACAGCGCUCUGAACGGCCGCGCACCUUCCGCGUUCGAUUUCGCGCUGUGGUUCGAUAAGUGGACAAACACGUUCUAGCGUCGUUCAAGUGCAGCUUUCGAUUGUUCUUCUACGCCCAUAAGGCUACGCAAUGCUGACGCAACAGUUUGCCGUCUUUAAACAAUUUUAAGACGGGCAAAAAUGUUAAGGUGAUAAGACGGGGGAGCAAUCGAAGCUUGCCCACUUCCGCGUCACGACGUGCCAACGAUCUGCACAUGCUGGUGCUGCUCAUGACAACAAUAUCGACGAGCCUUUAAUGUAUAGCAGUUAGGGGAAGAGUCCGCCAAUCGAUAGUUUUUAGGUAUGGCAAGCAUCAGUGAUACGUUGUUAUCGUACGUGAAGUAGCGACGGCGAAGCUUCUCAGUGUCUGUGUGGACUUGUACAUAUUGUGUAUUAUAUUAGGUUUAGGUAUUAAACGCGUUUCUAAUAUAGAGUAAAGAUCUAAUGCCUCUUUUAACAAACCUUUCGCAUUUCUUCACUUCGAGGAAGGGCGCACCACUCCUGCUAAAAAUUGAUUUUCAUGUGGUUACGUAUUUAAUGCGACUGAUAAAACAACAUCACUGUCUGAUAUGCGCGAUUGACUCACGCUGUUAUCGAUAAGCUUGCUUGGUUAGGAAAAAACAAACAGUGCAAACUCCUGUCGACAGCAAUAGAUUUGUUCUGGAAGGGAUUUCUUUAUCACCAAGUCUUUCCUGGCUUAAAUGAAACUAUCUUGAGGUAGGCCAUUUUGAAUGAACGGAAGAAUAAUGAAGAUAUCGUGAUAGCACCGAA